AUGCGAGAGAUGCCUGUGACGUCACCAAGAGCGACAAAAACAGAUGAUCAGUGCACGAGAAGCUGGCUGUUGCCGUUGAGUGAGUCGGUUUUAUCACAUCACCCCACAGGCAGAAGCAAGGAAGAAGCAGGUGCCAUUUAUUGUAAAGUCUGGAUGGACGUGAAAGAGGAGAUGUGUGAGGAUGACACAAAUACCCUGGAGAUCAGGGCGGUAACUGUUAAAGAGGAGGACUGUGAAGGGGGGUCCCUCCACCCUUACCCGGUGAAUCUCGGCAUUAAAGAGGAGGAUUAUGAACUGGGGUCAGUGGGCAUUAAAGAAGAUGCCGAGAAAACGCCUGUCAGCACAGCGAAACAGAAACCGAAAUCUGUGGGGUGUGCCGACCUCAAGGUGAAGUCUGAAUCAUUACCGUCUGACACAAAGAGGACCGAGGACGGUGUGACUCGAGAAGAUCAGGCCUCCCCUUCAAAUCUGUCUGGAAAAGGAGACAAACGUCACUGCUGUUCUGAAUGUGGCAAGCAAUUCUGUCGCCGGAUUCAUCUUGAGAACCACACUAGAAUUCACACGGGAGAGAAGCCAUAUUGUUGUCUGGAAUGUGGCAAACAAUUAUCUGACCGGAACAGUCUUCAGAUCCACAACCGAAUUCACACAGGAGAGAAGCCAUUCUGCUGCUCUGAAUGUGGCAGGCAAUUCUCUCACAGGAGUACUUAUUUGAGGCACCAAAAAAUUCACACUGUAAGGAAACCAUAUUGCUGUUCUGAAUGUGGCAAAGGAUUCUCCCGAACCACCUAUCUUAAGAUCCACAAGCGAAUACACACAGGAGAGAAACCCUAUUGCUGUUCAAACUGUGGGAAACAAUUCUCUGAAAGGAGACAUCUUCGGAGUCACAAAAGAACUCACACAGGAGAGAAGCCGUACUGCUGUGCUGAAUGUGGCAGACAAUUCUCAUACAGGAGUAACCUUUUAAGACACAAGGGAAUUCACGCUGUAGGGAAGCCAUAUUGCUGUUCUGAAUGUGGCAAAGGAUUCUCGCGAACCACCUAUCUUAAGAUCCACAAACGAAUACACACGGGAGAGGAACCAUAUCGCUGUUCUUAUUGCGGAAAGCAAUUCUCUGACAGGAGCAAUCUUCAGAGCCACAAAAGAAUUCACACGGGCGAAAACUCACAUUGCUGUUCUGAAUGUGGCAAGCAAUUCUCGCACAAGAGCCGUCUAGAGAGCCACACAAGAAUUCACACUGGAGAGAAGCCAUAUUGUUGUGUGGACUGUGGCCAGCAGUUCUCUCUCAGGAGUAAUCUUCAAAGGCACACAAGGAUUCACACAGGAGAAAAGCCAUACUGCUGUUCUGAAUGUGGCAAACGAUUUUCGCAGAUGAAGAGCCUUAAUAGACACUUUACACUUCACACAGGAGAGAAGGAGGAAGCCCUGAAGGAGUAAGUUAGCAGGUGAAGAAGGAGGAACUUGGGGAAAGAUUAAAAUGUAAUCCUCCUAAUUAAGGUUUUGACGAGAUCCUUCACAUCAUGGUCAACCUGGGUGGAUAUACAGUAAUAGCAGUCAACAGACUAGUGUUAGAUCAGUACUAAAAUUUUGACUUCUGUGUUGAUACCAGCUUUCAGACUUCUAUACCACUACCAAAAUGGUACUAAAGCAAAUAACAGAUAACUCCCUUCAAAGUCGCUCAAUCAAGCUCCUUCCUGGUGGGGUGCAUAAACACACGUGUCACCUCUUGAUAAACACACACUUGCCUCCCUUGCCUUUCUACAAGCUACGGUUUCACUUUGAAUACUUUCCAGUGCAUCAGUGUUGGCUGUCCCCAUUGGAGUCUCCAGCAUGUCAAAGGGGACAGGGUGUUUAAAGGGGAUUACCCCCCACAGAGUCUCUAGCAUGUCAAAUGGGGAGUGUGACUCCAUGUCUUCAUACAAGCAGCAGUUCCCCUUUGAAUCUUCUAUUGCAUGGGCUGUUUAAAUUUCUUAAUCUGGAGACACAAAUUAGAAAAUACUGAAACCCAAUAUGAAGAUUAUCAAAAUCAUAAAGACACAAAUAACAAUGACAGUAAAAAAGUAGCCCUUUUUGUAUUUCCCUUCAAGUAUAUUUCUCACAUGAAUAUUACUGAAAGAGAAAAGUGGGAAACAAAACACAUUGUUAAAGGAAAACUCCAUCUACCCAUUUUCCAAACCUGCUUAUUCAGUGCAGGGUAAUGGGGCAGCAGGAGCCAAUCCCAGCAAGCACUGGGUGCAAGGCAAUAACAUUCCCUGGUUAGCGGUGCCAGUCCAUUGCAGUCCUUGAACUGUUUGGCAGAAAGCAGAGCACUUCACACGGAGGGAGACCAUGUGGACUUCACACAGGGAGCCCCUUGGGCUUGAACCAAAAUCAGUAAUCAGCAUUCAUACCAGGAAUCGAUUCCAUAGCUAAUGUCACUGCCGGUGGACAGAGUAUAAGGUUUAGUAAAGAUGAGAGAAAGAUAUUCUUGGGAUGCAGCGGGAGGCUAUGAGGAAUUUUGAAAGGACAGUACAAAAGGUCACUUAACACUAGAAUCCCUGAAGCC